GAAAAUCAUCUCAUUUCUUGAGCAGAAUUAACCAAGACAAUGCAGCAGGACACUGACUCUGACUGUCCUGAAUGAAUGGGGUCGCAAAUUAGAAGGAGAAGAAGAAAGAAGAAGAAGCUGGGAGGAAGAUCACUCCCUUGUGUGUGUCUGUCCGUUCGCCAUAGCCAAUAAGAACCCUAAAAACUGGACGGGGGGUGGAAGGGAAAGCGCGAGAGAAUUCCCUCCGUUGGGUUGCCCGGAAGAGACGACUUUGAGGUUCUGUUUGUUGAAUCCGUCCGACAUGCUCAACGGUUGCGGGACCCUCGAAUUUUCUCACUCUUCGCGAUUUAAAUCUCUUUGUUUUUCCUAUUUUUUUUUCUCUCUAGCCAGCCAGCCCAGCUCUGUUCCUGCUAGUAGCCAUUUCCCGCUCCUCCUUUUAAUUGCUACUCGUCGAAGUGCAUAGAAGUAAAGUUUUGCGCUCAUUCCCCUCAGAGCUCCAGACGAAAAGAGUGUUCUUCUCUUCUGUGCUCGUUCUCCACUGUUCCUUCUCCCUUCUUGUUCGUUGUUCUUGAGGUUGCUCGCUUAAUUGGUGCUGGAAUUGUAUCGCGAAUCCAUCGAGAAUGGGGAGGCCGCAGCGGUACCGGGGCGUGAGGCAACGCCACUGGGGCUCUUGGGUCAGCGAGAUCCGACACCCUCUGCUGAAGACGAGAGUGUGGCUGGGCACAUUCGAGACCGCCGAGGACGCCGCCCGUGCCUACGACGAGGCCGCCAGAUUGAUGGGAGGCCCCCGGGCAAGAACGAACUUCCCCUACGAUCCCAAUGCGCCGCCACAUCCAUCCUCCUCGACGCUCCUCUCCACGCUCAGCGCCAAGCUCAAUCGAUGCUUCUCCUCCUCCUCCUCGUCUUCCUCCUGCUCCACCGAUCCCCACAAGAAGGAUCCUAGGGUUUCGCAAUCCCUGACGUGCUUGCGCCUGGAUCCCGAGCAAUCCAACCUGGGAAUCUGGCAGAAGAAAUCGGGCAGGCAGCCCGAAUCCAACUGGGUGAUGAAGGUACACUUUGGAAGCCAGGGCGGCGGUGGCGUGAGCAGCGACAUUGUUCUUCCCACCGAUAAUCCCGCGCCGCCACAGCCGAUAGAGCACAAGAAGAUGAAGAGCGAGGAAGAUCUGGCCACCGAGAUGAUCGAGGAGCUCCUCAACUUCCCGGAUUCCUCUUCGCCGUCGUCGAGCACGAGUUCCUCCGAGGCGAAGAACCCUAAUUUUUCUUCCUCCGAUCUCCUCCACCAUAUACUCGUAUAGAGGAUCGAGCAGCGCUGGGCACACGAUCGAGAGAGAUCGCCGGGGCUGCUGAUCUGGAGAAAAUAUUUCUUAGAUUUAGCUAUACUAUCGGGGCUAGAACCCUAAUUAAUCGUUCUUUGUUCUA